CAGGCGAAACAAGUUGGGUGAUGUUUGUUGCAGUAACAGUACAGUAGCUUGCUUAGCCGCAUUAGCCAGCAGCUAGUAUCCCUAACAGAUUUCGCGAUAAUAGCUGUGUGCUUCAUGAGGCAGAAAGAAAGGAGAGAUGUGGUCCUUUUUUGCUAGGGAUCCUGUCAAAGACUUCAAUUAUGAAAUUUUGCCCGACACACAAGAAUCCUCCGGGAUAUGGACUCUCCACCGGGGAAAGCGAAAGACCGGUGGGGAGCCAGUGUCAGUGUUCGUCUAUGAAGUUGCCCAGGGUACAGAGGAACAAACCCAGCUAGCCAAGUCUGCCUUCAAACGAAUGAAGACCCUCCGGCACCCCAACAUCUUGGCCUAUGUGGAUGGACUUGAGACCGAGAAGAGCCUCUACCUGGUGACGGAGCAGGUGACUCCCCUGGCAGCCCACCUCAAGGCCCAGGCUGAGAGGGGAGGCUCUGGGGAGCUGGAGGUGUCCUGGGGGCUCCAUCAGAUUGUGAAAGCGCUGAGCUUCCUGGUGAACGACUGCCACCUGCUCCACAACAACCUGGGGAUGUGGGCGGUGUUUGUGGAUCGGGCCGGCGAGUGGAAGCUGGGCGGGCUGGACCACAUGACCCCGGAGCAGGGAGACGGCUCCUCCGCACUUCCACACCCGAAGACAGUUCAACCCGACAUGGAGAAAUACGACCCCCCUGAAUCGCCCAACAAUGGUGGUGAAAAAUGGGCAGGGGACGUUUGGCGGCUGGGCUGCCUGAUCUGGGAGGUGUUCAAUGGGCCACUGCCCAGAGCCUCCUCCCUGCGCUCCCUGGGAAAGGUCCCCAAGUCUCUGGUUCCCCACUACUGUGAGCUGGUGGGGGCUAACCCCCGGGCCCGGCCCAACCCCUCCCGCUUCCUGCAGAACUCUCGCUCCCCCGGUGGCUUCCUCAGCAACAGCUUUGUGGAGAGCAACCUCUUUCUGGAGGAGAUCCAGAUCAAAGAGCCAGCGGAGAAGCAGCAGUUCUUCCAGGACCUGAGUGAAAACCUGGACUCGUUCCCGGAGGACUUCUGCAAACACAAGGUGCUGCCACAGCUGCUCACCGCCUUCGAGUUUGGCAACGCCGGCUCUGUGGUCCUCACCCCGCUCUUCAAGGUGGGGAAGUUCUUGUCGGCGGACGAGUACCAGCAGAAGAUCAUCCCUGUCAUUGUGAAGAUGUUUUCCUCCACGGACCGGGCCAUGAGGAUUCGGCUGCUGCAGCAGAUGGAACAGUUUAUCCAGUAUCUGAAUGAGGCGGCAGUCAACUCCCAGAUCUUCCCUCAUGUUGUUCAUGGCUUCACAGACACCAACCCUGCCAUCAGGGAACAGACAGUCAAGUCCAUGCUGCUGUUGGCCCCUAAGCUGAACGAGGCCAACCUGAACCAGGAACUGAUGAGGCACUUUGCCCGACUGCAGGCCAGAGACGAGCAGGGCCCCAUCCGCUGCAACACCACUGUAUGCCUGGGCAAGAUCGCCCCCUACCUCAACGCCGGGACGCGGCAGCGCGUGCUGAUUUCGGCCUUCUCUCGGGCCACCAAGGACCCCUUCCCCGCGUCUCGGGCGGCCGGCGUGCUGGGCUUCGCCGCCACGCACAACUUCUACAGCGUGAUGGAGAGCGCGGCACGCGUCCUGCCCACACUCUGCACCCUCACUGUUGACCCUGACAAGAGCGUCAGGGAGCAGGCAUUUAAGGCCAUUCGGAGCUUCCUGACCAAGCUGGAGACAGUGUCUGAAGACCCAACCAAACUGGCAGAGAUAGAAAAGGAUGUGAUGUCAUCGGCGCAGCCAACAGGGGCGGCGACCAGCUGGGCAGGAUGGGCGGUGACCGGCGUGUCGUCGCUGACCUCCAAGCUGAUCCGAAACGCUCCGGGAACAGAGGGAGGGGCCCCGGUAACAGAUGGUGGCCCCACCAGCACCCCUCGCACCGGGAGCCCCAACACAGACACAGCCCCCCAACCUGCAGAGCCAGAGGCUAAACCACCACAGUCUUCCAUGACCCCAAAUGCUGCCUUUAACAGUGGCAACCAAUCAGACCCCCCUGCUGCAACAGUCAAAGAAGAGGAGCCAAUCGGAGACCGGUGGGAUGAUGAGGAGGACUGGGGCAGUCUGGAGGUGAGGACUGAGGAACCAGAAAAGGUUCCGGCAGACCCAGAUGAUUGGAAUUCCUCUGACUGGUCGGGAGUGUCAACAGUCAAGAAGAAGGCCAACGAGAGAGCAGUGGCUGGAGUUUCCUCCUCCGCCAUGAAAAAGCCCAGCGCAGAUUGGAGCAGCUCUGGCUGGGAUGCUGAUGACAGCUGGUCCAACGAGAAGGAGGCUGACGGGCAGGGUCAGAGUUCGCCAGGCGAGGAGGGGUGGGGCCACGACUGGGAGGAGGAGGCCGGCGCCCCAGGCAGCAAGAACGUCCUGCCAGAGGGGGUGCGGCUAGCCAGCGAGUACGACUGGGACAGCAGUAAAGGGUCCGGUCCCAGCGACCCCUUCGCCAGCGUGUCACAGAGAGCCGCGCCCACAGCCACGCAGGCUGGGGGUAGCUGGGGGGCAGAUGCCUCAGGAGACUGGGGCACAGAGGAGAGCUGGGAGUCGGUGGACGGGGCGCAGGGCCUAAGCAAAGCUGAGGUGGCCAAGAAGAAACGCGAGGAGCGAAGGAAAGAGUUGGAAGCCAAGCGUGCAGAGCGCAAGGCGGUCAAAGGUCCCCUCAAACUGGGGGCGCGGAAAAUUGACUGAGGAUUAUGAGACAAGAAAGGAAGGAACAUGGAGCGAUAAGACUUUGACCUUUAACUCUUCCUCAGGGAGUGGGGAAGUAUGGAAGGUGCUACAUUCCAUCAUGAAAGGGAGUAGACAGGACAAACAUGGGGAGAGGGUUAGGAGGAUGGGAACGAUAUGGACCUUGCCACAUGGUGCUACUAAGUGCACCCUGGCUUAAAGAGGAGGCAGAAUCGUGUCCCUGUAUUCACAAAGUUUGAGUAGCAGUGCAUAUCUGGGAUCAGUUCUUUGUCAUGAGAUUACACAGAUAGGAGGGAGGCCUGAUCCCAGAACAGCACUUAGACUCACGGUGAAUGCAGUCCUGUGUUUGACCUGGCGACACGUGCCACGAGGCGAGAUCAAGAGGACUAUUCUCAAUAUUGAUCACACAUUGCUCAUCUGUUUUUAGAUAAACCCACCAUAAUGUUGACAUUGUAAAGUGUACAUAUGCACAUUUGUCUGAAAACAACCAAGAAUCAAAAGUUUGUUUUUAAAGAUGAAUAUAUAUACAUAUAUACAUAUCUAUAUCUAUAUAUAUAUAUAUAUAUAUCCCAGUAUAGGAAUAUAAGUGGGUAGAUGCUGAAUGUUCAAUUCAUUACAUUCACAUACUACACACAGAAUGGGUUAUGAAUGUUUUAGAGCAACACAUGACAGAUGAAGACUAAUACAAGUCUGUGCAUGCGUGGAACUGUAUGUGUGAACUCAGCUACCAAUCAGUUCACUAUUGUACCUCCCUAAGAGGGUCAGUGAUGGUCUCUGUUUUUAGAAUGGAUCUACAGAAUUACACACCUGGACCCAUUCACAAGCAGUGGGGUGUUACAUCAUGCUUCAUCAUCAUGCAUCAUUUCAAAGAAGACACGAACAUCCCUUCCUGUAUGGAUUCAAGUCACAAUCUUGUCAGUCAUACAAGUUCAGCACCGUGAUUCUUUGUGAGGAUGGUUGUAUGCGGGGGUGGGUAACGACAAGUUAUUUCCAUUGGUCUUUAUUUGUGCCUUUCUUUGAUGGCAGCACUGUUCAGGGGUGCCAGUGGCCAGGUGAUAAACUGUAUGCUGUAUGUUUAUGUUGCACAUUGAGAGGUUUUAUUUUGAUGUUUUGUUCAGUGACAAAAUAAAUAGACAGUGGGGGAACGGAUGCAUUAUUUUGUAAAGUUGGGGAAACUUAUGUACAAUGUAAACUCCAAAAGAAAAAUAAACUAUGCCAACUAAA